AAAGUUCCCCCAAGGAUGGCCCUCCCACAGCCGCCUCAGUCGCCGCUGAAUACAUUUCAAACCUCGCGGGAGACCUCGGGAACCAAUCGCUGCGCUCGCCCUCCGACCCGGAAGCAGAGCCAGAGCGCGUCGCAGCAGCCCCCAACGAAGACCAGCUUGUCUCUGGUCGGUUCCCGGCGCUCUGCGUUUCGUGACCUUGUCCAGUAGAAGGCUAUUUAAUUUUCACAACUGCUUGAAUUUUGACAUACAAGAUGAAGCAAGAUGCCUCAAGAAAUGCUGCCUACACUGUGGAUUGUGAAGAUUAUGUGCAUGUGGUAGAAUUUAAUCCCUUUGAGAAUGGGGAUUCAGGAAACUUAAUUGCAUAUGGUGGCAAUAAUUAUGUGGUCAUUGGCACGUGUACGUUUCAGGAAGAAGAAGCAGACGUUGAAGGCAUUCAGUAUAAAACACUUCGAACAUUUCACCAUGGAGUCAGGGUCGAUGGCAUAGCUUGGAGCCCAGAGACUAGACUUGAUUCACUGCCUCCAGUAAUCAAAUUUUGUACUUCAGCUGCUGAUAUGAAAAUUAGAUUAUUUACUUCAGAUCUUCAAGAUAAAAAUGAAUAUAAGGUUUUAGAGGGCCAUACAGAUUUCAUUAAUGGUUUGGUGUUUGACCCCAAAGAAGGCCAAGAAAUUGCAAGUGUGAGUGACGAUCACACCUGUAGGAUUUGGAACUUGGAAGGCGUGCAAACAGCUCAUUUUGUUCUACAUUCUCCUGGCAUGAGUGUAUGCUGGCAUCCUGAGGAGACUUUUAAGCUAAUGGUUGCAGAGAAGAAUGGAACAAUCCGAUUUUAUGAUCUUUUGGCCCAACAGGCUAUUUUAUCUCUUGAAUCAGAACAAGUGCCAUUAAUGUCAGCACACUGGUGCUUAAAAAACACCUUCAAAGUUGGAGCCGUUGCAGGAAAUGAUUGGUUAAUUUGGGAUAUUACUCGGUCCAGUUAUCCUCAAAAUAAGAGACCUGUUCACAUGGAUCGAGCCUGCUUAUUCAGGUGGUCCACAAUUAGUGAAAAUCUGUUUGCAACCACUGGUUAUCCUGGCAAAAUGGCAAGCCAGUUUCAAAUUCAUCAUUUAGGACACCCUCAGCCCAUCCUCAUGGGUUCUGUAGCCGUUGGAUCUGGCCUGUCCUGGCAUCGAACUCUUCCUCUGUGUGUAAUUGGAGGAGACCACAAGCUGUUGUUUUGGGUGACUGAAGUAUAAAGCUUUCUCUGUACCUUAGAUUCACAAACUUUGUAUUUUUAGUACAUAUUUUGAAGAAUUUCUAUAGUACGUAUUUUGAAGAAUUUUUAUAUCAAAUAUACCAUAUACUUUAGAAAAUGUCUCAGUUGCUUUUUUUAAAUAAAAUGUGAAUGAUUUGAAAAAUUA